CAGUGAGCGUCGAGGAGCAUGUGGUAAACUUUGGACCGCUUGCGUAGUUGUUUUUGUUUUAUGGUUGCGGAAGGCUGAACGGGAGCUGCCGCCGCUGUUGCUGCUGGAAACGAAACUUUAACGGCGCGGAUCGAGCUCACUAUGUUCGACCGUCUGUCACCAAUUUAAGAAGAAAGGAUGGAUGACGAGAGAAGCGACGGAGGCGGAGGAGAGGCGGAGUUGGAGGAUGAGUUCGCGUGCGCCGGGAUGCUGCGGGGGUCUCUGACCUCCCUGCACAGCACGGUGGAGCGGAUAUUCAGUGUGGCGUUCAGCAUCGGGGCGGACGAUCUGCCUCACGGCAGCAACGGCCAAAUAUGGCUGAAACUGCGAGGGCCGAGCGCCAAUGUGAAAGCCGCCAAGUUAUUUGUGAAAGGAGUUGUGAACCAGGAGGAACAGCAGGAGAUUACGUAUCCUGGGGUGCUUCACUGUGUCUUCUGCGGAGCCAAAGGCCUGUUCAUGGACAGCCUGAUAAAAAGCACCUCAGCACAUAUAGUGGUCGGCUCUCCAGGAUUCCUGCUCAUAUCUGGCCUGAUGGAGCCGGUGGUGCGAGCCUACUCUCUUAUUACAGACCUGGUAGAGAGGUAUGAGGGCACACAGUCCAAGCGCAUGGGGGAUGGAGGCUCAGGUGAGUCCCUGGAUUCACGACGGGCCUUUAAAACUCUGGUGGAGAAGUGGGAAGACAGGCACAUCCUGGAUCUUCUUGUGCUGCCAGGAUCAGUAAAGGAAAUCCUGUUGGACUUGGUGAAAGAAUCGGGACUUGGAUCAAGCCCUAGUUCAUCACUGGCUGAUGUAAAUACAGAGGCAAGGCCACAUGGGGAUUCAGAGGAUAGGUCUAAAAUACCCAGUGCCCUAAAGCAAACAGUCCCUGAUCCUUCUAGCACUACUGAGCGAUGGGCUGAAGGGAUGGCUGCAUGCGCAGGAAAUGACUUUGCAAAUAAAGACUCCUUCUUCCAAGCUUUUCCCAUGUCUGCAGGCACCCGAGGGAGGGCAGAGGGUGCUGAGGAAAGACCCACGCAUUCACCACAGGAGGUGGGAGAAGAGCACUUGGGCCAAGCAACAGCAUCCGGGGAGGAAAAAGAGCAGGAGUUGCAGCUGUCGAUGGGAAACAAGGAGUUUUGGCUUCUUUUGAAAUUCUUUACCGCCAUGGGAUACACAGAGGAGGUUGUGAAACGAGUGCUUGCCAGAACAGGACCUAAAGAGGCAUCACAGAUUCUGGACUUAGUUCAACAGGAGCAGGACCGCAGUGACCAAGAGCAGAGAAAUCGGGUUCUCCCAAACCCAAAGAGGGAAGACGCCGUCGACCUGAAUCAGACAGAGAAAAACCGACCCUGUGAGACAGAACACAGAGAAGAUGGGGGAGAAACAGUAGGAGGCGGUGGAGCCAUACGUAGCGAUGGAGAAACUGAAGAAGGACGAGAGGGGGAAGACGCAACAGGGGAUGCAAGACACAGUCAGGGAAAAGUCAACACAGACGUAAUGAAUAAAGAGCAAGAGGAAGACUUUGUGCUGGGGGUGUUGAAGAAAGCGGCAGCCAGCUGUGGGUACCCUGAACAGAACGUAACCAAACUGUAUAACUUGUUGCCUGAUGGAUCCACUCACCAGCUGCUCCUGCAGCUGCAGAAAGAGGGAGUCAAAGAGGCAGAAGCCUUCAGAGAAGGACCGAGAGAGAUGGAUGAUGUGGUCUUGGAGACUGGCGGGUCAAAAUUUCAAAUAAUACCAGAACUUCAGCCUUAUAAACCUCCAGAAGAGAGAGAAUUCGAUGGGCGAGAAAAGAUAAGGGUGUCAAGGAUUGAUGGUAGUGUCCCUAUUGAGGGACGAGAUAUUUGGACUAAUAAACCCCAGGAGUCACCGGUGACCUUGUACAACUCACAGCAAAAGCAAAACCAGCCUUCAAAGUCACAAACUCCUCACCACAUCGUCCUACCUGGGGUCAAAGGGCCACCAAUGCCUACUUAUGCCUCAUCCAUGGAACCUCAGCUCACCAAUUUCCAAUCUCAUAAGCAACAAGCCAACACCAACUACUUGCCUAAUCCAUCUCCCACAAAACAGAAUCAUCACGCUCAUAACAAUGGCUCAAGGCACUCCUUUAAACAAGCACUUCAAGCUCCUCAGCCUUUAUUCUCUGGCACGAAGGACUCGUCUCCCACCAGAGCGAGGGACAAACGGGGUUUCGCGUCUACUCCUUCGGUGGUGGUGACAGGAGAGCAGCGAUUCCUGGAGAGCCUUCAGAUCCCCUUUGAACUCAAGCUGACAGACAAGCCCGGAGACUCAAGACUGAGGACGAUCAUAAUUGACGGGAGUAACGUGGCUAUGAGUCACGGACUCGGUCAUUUCUUCUCCUGUCGGGGAAUCGCUCUGGCUGUACAGCACUUCUGGGACCGAGGCCACCGUCAAAUCAGCGCCCUAAUUCCACAGUGGAGGCAAAAGAACGACCCCAGGAUCAAAGAGAAGCACUAUCUGACAGAGCUGCAGCAGCUGGGCCUGCUCUCCUACACGCCAUCUAGAGAGGUCCAAGGCAAGAGGAUCAGCUCGUAUGAUGACCGAAUGAUACUGCAGCACGCACAGAAGACUGCCGGAGUGAUCGUGACCAACGACAACCUGAGGGACCUCUUGGACGAGUCCCCCGUAUGGAGGGACAUCAUCAAAAAGAGUCUUCUUCAGUACACUUUUGUCGGGGAUCACUUCAUGGUCCCCGAUGACCCUCUUGGAAGAGGAGGGCCUCACCUGGAUGACUUCCUGCGUUCAGAGCACAGGAGUCCAAAUCCAGGAAAUCACUCUUUUGCUGGUUCGGCCUCAUCUUUCAGUUCCUCCAAACAGCCCCGCUCCCAAACAGAGGUCAUCAACUUCCGUGACCGAACGCUAGGGGGCGCACUCGACGCUUUGGGAGGAGGCGGCCGGGGUAGAGGGAGAGGGCAAGGAAAGGGAUGGGACACGGGACAGAAGCAGAAGCAGUAUGGUGCUGCAGGUCAUGGCCAGGGGGCCCGGGCCGAGAGGAGUCCUGAAGAAACAGCCAACCUGAGAGAUCAGCUCUGUCAGGUUUUCCCUAAUCAGGACAACAUGGUGACGCUGGUGCUGCAGUGCCACUCGGCAGAGACGGACAUCAACGUGCUGUCUGAUCUGAUUUUGGAGCAGCAAUCAACAAACUAGAGAUCUCUCAGUUUUAGUGUUUCACCAUAGAAUUUUCUCACGGAAUUUUGCUCAGUUUUUAUUCAUUUUCUCGUGUGACAAUAGACUCUAUGUACAAGAUGGAUUUUAGCAUCUGUGACAUCAUCUAUUGGUUUAGGUCUUUUUUUUUUUUCUUUUUUUUUUUUAAUCAGAACCAUGAAGGUGAAGUAGCUGAGAAAAUUAGGCUAUUGUACACUCAGUUUUGGAUUCACAUUUCAAAUUCGGAGGUUGCAUCCAUCUCUAAUAUGGAUAUAGUCUGGAUGGAAAUACCACAAUAGCAACUACAAAGAUAGAUCGAUCCUUAAUUAAAGCUAAAACUUGACCAGCUCUGUCAAAUGAACCAGCAAAAUCCCUCAAUGACUGUCAGUUCAUUAACAUUUGUGUUUGUUGUUUUGAUUAUUCUUUCAGAACUAUACAGAUGAAUCCACAGGUUUUUGACCACAUUAUUCUUCCACAUUUAUGCAGUGCUAUCAGUGUUUAUUGUGUAUUUUAUGUUAGUCUGAUUUAUGUCAAAGCACCAGUAAAACUGAAGACAUUCCAAUUUGUAGCUUUAAUGCCAAAUAUUAGCAUGCUAACCCACCAAACUGGCAUGAAUGUAUGGUUAAUACAUUAGUUAGCAUGCUGACAUAUUAAACUGACAUCCAAAAAUUUAGUUAACACAUAAGUUAGGAUGCUAAAACCCCUAAUUGACCACAAUCAUAUGGUUAACACCUUGGUUAACAAGUAAGCAUGAAUAUAUUUGCUAGAAUGCUAACAUACAUAGUUAACAUUUUAGCAUGCAAAAACACCAAAUUAACAUUUUGGUGCAGACACACCAAAUUAAUGUAAAUAUAUAUAAACAUAUUGGUUAGCGUGCUAAUAUUGACAUUUAGCUUUAGUACAGCUUCCCAGCCUUAAGUUGGCUUUAUGGUUGAGCAGAGGUAGCGUGAUCCAAUCCAGGGACUGCCCAUCCACCUGCAGUGAUGAGAUGAGAUAGCCUUUAUUUGUCAGUUGCAGGUCUUUUGCCCGCAACCGAGAUGACAGACCUUGCCGACCGUACAUACAUUACACAACAUCACAUUGGGGAGACAGGUCAGGCUAGGUAGCGAGGAAAAAACAUCGAAAUGUGUAACACAAAAGGAUAAUACAGGAAUGCACAGAUAUCAACACACCAUAGCACAAUAAAACACAGACGAGCAACAUGGGAAAGAGUUCCAGUGAGCGCUGUUGUCAGAUGCAGGCAAUGUCAACCAGUCAGCAGAAUGCUGACUUGUCAACCAGUCAGCAUUCUGCAGUUGCAAAUGUCAUCCAAUUACAGCGACGCGCAGUCUAGAUUUCAGAGGACUGCACGGGAGAGCGUCUUGGGUGGGGGAAAACCCCCCUGUUUGCCCAAAAGCUGUAAGCAGAUGGACACAUUUGUGACCAUAAAACCAGCCUUAGAGACACUAGCUCAGCAGCAGAGUCUUAUUUUUAUUUUUUUUGUAUUUUUAUAAGACUAAUAUAGUCAUUGUGUAAUGACACCUAUUAACAAUCUUUCUCCGGGUAGUUUUAACUCUUGGAAAACUACUGUGAAUCCCAUAUGGUAUCAUAAUGGAGCCAUUUUAUAAACAGUCAGUCUGCCUUUGGUAAUAUAAAAAUACAUAUUUUGUGUAUUUUUCUUUUGUUUUUCCUUUAAUUUUACAGCCACCGGUUUACUUAGAAAAUAGGGUGAAAGAUUUCUAUCAAAGGCACAUAGCUUGCACUGAGAAUACAUUUUGGAUAUACAGUAACUGGUGUAAGAGAGUGUGUCGUGCUGAGAACGUAAAAACCCAAUUUUGCAAAAAUCUGCACAA